AUGGGGCUGGACACAGAAACGUGUCGUUAUUGUAAAGAAGAUUGGACAGAACAUUUUGGUAAAAGAUGUGAGGAAAUAGAGAAGAAAGAUGAAGUUAAACUCAGGCUGCAAUUUGAAGAGAAAAUGACUGAAGCCAAGAUAAGAACAUGUCAUAAAUGUAAAGCAAAGUUCACUAAAUCAGAUGGCUGCAAUAAAAUGACCUGUCGAUGUGGAGCAAAAAUGUGUUAUAUUUGUAGGCAGCCAAAUAUUGAUUAUGAUCAUUUCUGUCGUCACUUUAGAGAUCCAAACAAAGGCAAAAAUUGUACUGAAUGUACAUCAUGUUCUUUGUGGUCAAAUCCUGAGCAAGAUGACGAAAGAGCUGUAUCAGAAAUAAGAAAAGAAGCUGAAGAAGUCAGGAAAACUAUGGGAUAUAAUGAUGACAAGUUGAUCGGUGCUCCAGAUGAACCUCCCAGUAAAAAACCCAGAAUGGUGCCUCCUGGAAACCCUCGUGCUCAAGUUGUGUAAUCUUAAAUAUAAACCCAGAAUAGUGCGUCCUGGACACCCUUUAGCUUGAGCUCAAGUUGUGCAAUAUUGAAUAAAGACCUAGAAAAGUGCCAUAUAGGCACCCUUGGGCUCUAGUGGUGUAAUAUUGGAUAAAAUCCCAGAAUAGUGCCUCUUGUGCACCUUUGUGCUCACGGUGUGUAAUAUUGGAUAAGAAAACAAAAUCCAGACUUCUUGGCAUGUUCCAUUCUUCAAAUUCUCAGGACAAGUUAUGCAUAGCACCUUAUUGUUUAUGAUCAAUUCAAUGAAGGAUUGUUUUAAAGGAAAGAAGAGUUGGACAAGAAAUUGGAAACAAAGAGGAUUGUUGCUGUUUCUUGGAUAAAACAUUUUUUAAAGUCAUGAUACCUGUAUCAGUGAAAACCUUGUUGGACUUGUGUGACAUUUUAUAGUGUAACAUUUAUCACAAGCUGCUUGCAAUUGUGGCAUGCAAACAACAUUUUUUCUUGUAAGGCAAUAUUGAUAUAGGGAUGGGAUAUGAAGAUGUUUUAUUUCCAAUGGUGCUCUAUUUUUACUGUUUAUUAUAUUAUGUAGAGCUAUGGUUUUUAAUAUGGUGACUGAUGAAAAUUGACCAUAAAACUGUAAAGAUAAAUAACAGUUAAUAUUAUAAAUGACAUGUAUGAAUUCAUUCUCUUUGAUUUCUAAAAUAUUUUCAGAUUAGAAUUAAACACUUUUGUGUGAAUUAGUUGGUAUAAGUAAAAGAUAAGGAAAAUUUGGAACUUAUGUUAAAAGUGCAAGGGUAACAAAUAUAUGAUUAGAUCACAGGUUUCUAUAGUAGAAUACUGUUUGAGACAUCUUUUAGAAGAGAGCUCUUGUUAAAUAAUAUAUUAAUUAGUUUCUAUGUUAAAAUCUGCAUGUAUACCAUGUUAUCCGUAACAGUUUUAUAACUGCAUUUUGUUUGAUUUGAAACGCAUGACACAGCAAAAUUGAGAUCAUAUUUUAGUGCUUAAACAAAACAGAAAGUUAUUUAGUGCUAAUAGUCAUGAUAGUUGUACACAAGUCAUGUUUGUUGUGUGUUAUUUUAUUGCUGAAAUGCUAAAAGACAAUGAAGUUAUGAAACAUGUUCAUAUGUUGUAAUGUUGCAUAUAGUGGUAUAGACCUAUUCUUUGAAUGGAAUGUUUUAUUGUUAAUUUUAGGUACAUUCAGAAUUAUUUCUCUUUUUUAUUUGGUUUCUAAUUAGUCUAUAAUGUAGAAUAAGAGCAACAUUGAAAUAAUUAAAGACCAGAUUUUUAAUUAGAUGUUGUGUUAUCAUAAGGUCAGAUGUAUCAACUUCAACACAAAUUUAUACAAUGUAAAAUGUAAAAUGAAUCAACAAAAAAAUAAUAAAAUUAACAAAAAAUUAAACAAAAUUAGUCAAUAACCAGCAAGAAUUAAUAUUUAAAGAAACGUUUUUUUUAAGUAAUACACCUUAUUUUCAACUGAGGAGGGAUAGUUCUGUAAAUGUAACAGUAAAUUGUGCGGUAAUUAAAUUUGUCCGCCACACUUUUUCACUAGGUAAUCAAGUAUGUGACUAAUAGAUUUAUUAGGAAUGUAAGUCCCUGGAUUAUUCUAAGGAAGCUAAAAAAGUUUUUCAUGCACUUAUUUUCCGAAGAAAAGUCUUAUAUUAUAUAGUUAUACAUCCAUAUUGUUAUUGUUUUCUAUGAAAAAGGCCUCUUUAAAUGUUAUUUCCCCAAGACAUUCUUAAAAUUUAAUUUAUACUAAAAGUAUCAUUUGUAAUUAGGUGCAUCAUUUAAGUCCAUAAUAUAAAAAAAAAUAGUUUGUUUGAUUAUUAAAAAAACCAACCCUUUUGUAAUAACAAAUAUAGUGAAAUAUGAAUGCAAAAUGUUUAACAUUGUACAAACAUAUAAGAAUUAAAAGUUCUAUUAUUCACAAGUUAAGGGUUUCCUUCAUUACAAUAUUUCCUAUAAGAAAAAGGACAUGAACAUACCUAGGAAUAUUAAUGCCCUUGACAUUAAUGUCAAAGUAAUAAGUCUUUGCUAGUAUAACGAAAGAUCGAUGCACAAACCAUAACACAACCAUGACAACAAGAUUUGAAUGAUUUCUUUUAUUACACAUUUUCCUAAACUGUAAAGGAUGUUUUUACAUAGGAAUCUUAAUGAACUGUAGAUGAAUUCCUGGGGAAAUUAAACCAAGCAUAUACAUUUUAUAUAAAAAGGGAUAAACAACUGUAAACCAACAUUAUAACAAAAGAAUUAAAAGUCCAUUGUUAACAUGCAAUUAAUUUUUGGAAAAUGUUUUUUAGGGAACAUUUUCCUGGUCAGAUAAAUAUUAUGUAAAUUUUUACCAAGGAAUAUUGAUAAAAUGUACAUACAUUCCUAGGAAAAUUAUUCAGUGGGACAAAAAUUACUGCCAUUAGGCUUAAUAACUAGUAAAUUCUGCAACCAUGGACUUCUUAUACUACAUGUAUUCAUAUAGUCAGCCAGACAAUUCUUACUAGGACUCAUUUAUCUAUUACAUAAGCAGGAUCAAAUGUUUGUGCCAAAUUAUUGAUUUGUUGAGGGAAUACUUGUGAAAUAUUUUAUGUUGAAAUUAAAAACAUAUGA